UUGAAUUUUCACCCCGCGCUUUAGCGCCCUUUCUCUCUCCCUCCGCUGCUUCCCUCUCUUCUGCUUCUCUCUCUAUGAAGUUUUCUCUGCAGAUUUUUCUCUUUUUUUCGAUGGAAAUGGAGUUGAUAUCCCACAAGAGAUCGCUCCAGAGCAUGCUCACGGAGGCGACGGCGAUCCUCUUCCCUCUCCGAUCAUUUUCGCUCUCAAAUGUUGCCCAGACACGUCGCGCUGUUCCUCUUUUUUACUUUUUUUUCGAAUAAUUUUCUACUAGCUUGAACUUGAGCAUGGAGGUGAUCCUCCUCCUUGAUCGGAUUCUAGAAUCGCCGCAAUGGACUGUCUUGGUUAGCUUCUUCACGGAAUUGAGCUGAUAAUGGAACAUAAUUUAUCUGCUCAAUCUAUGAAAAUUUAAUGAACGCGUUUUGUUGAGCUUCGGCCAUGAUUAAUCAAAAAUUCCGCUUGCUAUGUCGAAUUCCGGUGCAAUCGAUAAACUCAUAGCAGAAUCACACAGUACUGUACAGUACAUUGAUGUGCCAAAGGUCAAUCGUGAUAAUAAUUAGUCUUCUAGGCUAUAGAGGGCAUUGUCCGCUGCUUGAGUUUGCCGCAUCGAGCUGUGAUGAUAGCUGCCGCAUAGAGAACCUGUGGCUUACACUUAAUCGUGCUUCUCUUGAACCUUGCAGGGGGUCGUCAAUGAUCACUUCCAGCAGCUGCAAGCGCUCAAGGAAACUGCAGGACCUGCUUAUGUGGUCCGGCAGAUCGCGGACUAUUGCAAGCUUGCAAAAUUUUAUUCGUCCGUUUAACCAAUCUAAUCAACCAAACCAUUGUUGACUUUUAUGAGUUCGACAAUUCUGCUCUUGAUCUCUAUCAAAAGACCAGCAGGUUUCCAGAUAUGUAAUUGAAGUUGCUUACUGUAGUUUCUAUAAGGUGAUUCAGGCCAUUGGGCAAUAACAUGAGGGUUGUCGUAGCUGUGAUGUUGCCCGAUCACAAAAUCUUUUACCGGUGAUGCUAGCUUACAGCUCAACCAUUUAACUGUCUGAGACAUAUGUCAAUAAAUGGAUAACUUUGGCAAUUUGUGUAGCUAUGAGAUAUUGCAUGAACUAUGAAGUACCUAUUGACAUAAAGAUCUUAAGUGCAACCGACAAUAUUCUUAAUCUUCCACGAGUACAGAACAACAACAACCGUAAAUACUCCCGCUUUUCUUGUCGUUUUGUGUCUGUCAUGCAAUUAAAGAUCAACUAUAUUUUACUAUGAGUAGACUGCUCGAGUCUAACUACCUAGAUGUGAAUUAUCUCAAGGCAUGAAAAAGUAUGGCGUUUGCAUACAUUGAGGAAACUAGUUUACUGUCUAUAUGCAUUAUUGUCUAUAUGCAUGUACAAACCUUUGAAGAAAAUUAUAUAAGGAAUUACAUUUAAUUACGGCAAUGAUGAGAAUCUCAUUAUUGUAUCAUUGAUUCUCUGUUUUAAACAAGAGUCUAAAUUGUUGGAAUGUUAAUCACUCAAGUUUGACAAACUUGUGCUUGCAUGUGCUUGGGAGUAACACUGGAUAGGAUUAGAGCUGGACUUGAAUUAUAUUACCCAAAUCCUGAUAAAAUGUAUUUUUCCUUUCUAUGGCAACAUAUCAUUGAUAAGUUUUACAUUGAGAUAUUCUGAGGUAGAUGUUGAAUCAUUCUCUAUCUCUCCCUGCUCACUUUUUCUGUAUCUUGGCAUAGUAUUAGUGCUGAGCAUGUGAGGAAGGCCUGCGUCGAACUUAUUAAAGCUACAGAAGAGAAUGAUCCGCACCACUGCUACCUCGCAUUAUAGUGGAUCAAGAAUGAAUUAUCCAAGCUGCGUCAAAGAUUUGAAAUCCUUGGGAAGAUAGAGAGGAAGAUCAUCGAGCUCGAGGCCGAGUAUGGAAAGAAAUUUGGAUCCUAACUCUAAUGGAUUGCUUCAAGACUAUGUGCAGUCACUGUUCGAUGAGGGCAUAGUUAAUGAUCAGUUCUCUCAAGUUCUGACUCUGAAGACUGAAGAUGAACCUGAUUCUGUCUUGAAGUUGAUCAAUGCAUACUUAAAUGAUGCAGAGGCGAUCUUGUCGGAGUUCCCAGAAAACAUGGAUAUUCCUGACUCUGACUUCAAAAGACUUGCUGCUCAAGCCCGUAAAAUAUCAGAGAUCAGCUUGUGCAUUGGAGCUGAGCAUAUGAAACUCGCAUGUUCUGAUCUGAUCCAGGCAUGUGAUGAGAAGCAGGGAAGAAGGUUCUUCCAGGCUGUAGGUUGGACGAAAAUGGAAUUUUCUCGAACUCGAGGCAAGCUGGAUGCACUCGUUCAGAUGGAGAAAAGAAUUUUGAGGCUCAAGAGCAAACAGAAUCGAGCUGGAUAACUUGCUUAGUUUUUACCUUGAAGAAAACAAUGGAUGAUUGAAUUGAGAUUGUUGCCAGGGUAAUGAGCAUCCUUAAAAUGUGCUCCAAAAAGAAAAAAAAAACGACUCUUUGUUAUUUUGUAAGAUAACUAGUUAAGGGUCUUGUUAGUUCAAACCAAUGAGUUACUUAUUUUUUUCUUUUGAUAAAUCAGGUAAAUUCCUCAUUAAAUAAUAAGAAUGUUAUAAUUUAAUCGGGCAACUCACUGACAGUCAAGUCAUUCGACA